AUGCCUCCUUCCCAAUCCAAGACUCAGCAGAAAAAGUUUGGAAAAGAGAAAUUGUUGAAUUGUGAGAAAAAGGCAAGCUCCCCAGGAAAUUCUAAGAUCCACUGUGGGAGACGGUGGGAAGGUAAGAGUAAAGGCCAGCUGAAGGGCAAAGAGUCAUUGCCUGAACAAGAUGACAUCAUUGAAAAAGACCCCUUAAAAAGCCAGAGGCUGGUGAGGCUUCAGGGAGGCAAAGAAAAUGGCCACAAAAAGUUAUUCCGGGGAAGAAGAGCCUACAAGAGAAAUGAUAAAAGAGAAUCUGCUUUGAGGAGAAAAUAUGGAGAACAGCUAGUGUCCAAGUUGGAGGGGAAAAAAGAAAAGGCCUGCAAGCAACAGGAAAUGACAUCAGGACUAGAAAGUGAGGACAGUAGCGAUAGGGAGGAAAAAGCCGCCACAAACAGCAAGAAAUACAGUUGUAAAAAGAAGUGUGGAAAGCGUCUUGCUGUUAGCAAAAAAGUCACCAAGUCAGACUCUGUAAAGUCAAUUGCAGUGCAAAGUGUUGAAGGAUCUGUUCAGAAACAUGACUUGUCGCAGAAGGCACAUGGUGCCAGGCCUAGGGAAAAGCACAGUGAGAAUCACGGCUUUAAGGAAGCUUCUGAGCAGAAGUCAGGUUUUCAAUCCCAAGGCAGUAUGGCACAGGUAAAAGGUGACAGAGCUGGGAAAAAGCAAGCUGGAAAACAUACCAGGAUUAUUGUCACUGAAAGUGCAGAAGAAAAUAUCCUGGAAACCUCAGAUAACUCCUGCUCUGACUCCAGCAAUGAAGGCCAUUGGACCCCUAAAAAAGGUACAAAAGAGACUGUAGUGGUCAGCACUGCAAGCAGUGAAGAGAAGAGUAGCUCUUCAGAGGAAGAUGGCAUCAGUGAGAAAGAAGCCAUGCUUGAAGAUCCUCCUGUGGCUGAAGGAAAAGGCUACAAGGAACUGCUUGAUAAAAGCAAUGAAGCAUCCAGUGAAACUGAAAGGGAGCAGGUGACCACAGAUGGAAUGAAUGAAUCUGAGGAUGAAGGCACUGACUUUGCAGGAUUGGAGGCAGAGGAGACAAUGAAGAAGCAAGAUGACAUGCCAAGACAACCAAAAUCUAUUCUAGCUGAGGGCAGUGAGGAAGGUGGUGUAAGCGUUUCAGGAUUCCAACUUAAAAGUCUUAAGAACAGAGAAAAUACCAAUAAUGAAGUAGGCAAGGAAAAUAUAUUAGAAAAUGGCAAAGUUCAAGAUAUGUCAAAAGACGCACAUGAUAAUUCUAACAGCAAUAGGGAGAGCAGCACUGAAGAGAGCAUUGACAAAAGAAAAGAAAAUGCAACAGAACAACCACUGCCUAGUGCUGCUAAAGCAAAACUCCACAUUCACCUCAGCAAAGUACUUCAAGGAACUGAACGGGAAGAGAAGGUGAAUGAAGAAGGCAGCGCACUGGAAGAUAACCCUUUGCUCUCCAAGCAGCAGAAAACAUUGAAGGAGAAACAUGGGAGGCGUGAGAUUGCAGAACAAGGUAAAGUGGUAGGACAUAGACAGAGGCACAGUUCUUCAGGCUCCAGCAAGCAGGAGUUAGCAGUGAUGAUGCUUACAAAGAAAUGUUCUUCUCAAUCCCAAAUCCUUCUCAAUCUGAAAAACAAACAUAAAAAUGCUGAGACCAAACUGUUAACAAGCUGUAAACCAAAUCCUGUCCAGAUGGCUUUGGAAACCAACUCUGACCUGAAAAAUGUUGAAAACAUCUGUUCAAAACCCAUGACUCUAGAAACCCUCAGUACACAGAAAGAACCCAACAUAGCUCAGAGUUUUGGAGAGAAAAGAUUAAAUCUUUCAAAUAUUUCAAGCUACUCCACUAUUACAAAAAAAUCUGAUAAGCAGUUCCUUGGCAAGAAGAAGAAAGUUGGAAAAGUUACUGGAAAAGUUAAACUGAGUUCGGGCCAGACUUUGGAUGCAAAAAAAGAGAAAGCAGAAGAAGUGGUUGCAGAGGCACCUUCUGAAAAAGAAAAUGUGCAUGCUGGGAAAGGAUCCAAGUACUUGCACAACCAUUCUGCUUUUAGAAAAGUCACCAGCUGGCUUGGUCAAAAACCUGCCAAGAAAGCACCACUGAAAGCUCGUCUUCUGAGCGUGGCACGUGCAAUUGGUAUUUCAAGAUGGCUCUUGAAGAAAUUUGGGAAGAGGAAAAGGAGCAGCAAACCUUUUGGAUUCAGAAGUAGAGUGGCAAUCCGGAUUGUAAGCACUGCUGGGUGGAUUGGUAGGUCUGGCAAAGCCUUCCCUGGUGCCACCGGACAGCUGGGGAGGGCUGAGUCGAGUGACAAAGAAUCUUCUCCUCCAUUAGUGGAGGCGGAAGGUGGUCCUAGAAUGGCAGAGGAAGUGGGACAUGUUGAUUUGCCUUCUGCUGAUUCCCCUCUUCACGGAACCAAUUCCUUUCCAUACUUAAUUAGCUUGGAUGAGGAGAAGAACAAUGCUACUGAUGCCAAGUUUGCUAUAGUAUUCCCCAGAGUCCACAGCAUGGUUAAGACAAAGAGCUCCUUAUCCAGGGGCUCUAAGAAUGGUUAUUCCCUAGAGAAACUGGGAUCUCUAUCAGACAGAAAAUCUGUGAUGCCGGUGCAACAAGGUUGCAGGUUCAAAUGUGACCUUCCCAGACAUUUGAUGGAUCAAAGCCCUCAGAGAAACAGUAAACAGGGCUUCCUUCCACAUCCAGAAAAGGAUCCAAUAUGUACAUCAGAUUAUUCCUGUGAGGUAGAUGUCAAAGAUGGUUCAGGUGUCCUCCAGACUGCAGGGUCCAUAGUCACGCCUUGUGUUCACUGGUCUCAGCAGCAGGCUCAGGGAUGCGAUCCUGCAGCAUGGCUGAACUCUGAAUUGCUGCUGCCACGACUAACUGUUGAGAACCUAAGCAAAUGGGCCAUCUACAAGGACCCACAUCUGACCAACAGCCAUGCAAUGACAGUCUGCAAGGAUCAGUGGGAGGCCGAAGACAUCACUGACAAUAUGCUAGAGAUGGAAUUCAUGCAGAAACAGGUGUACAUGUGUGAAGACCACUGUCUAGAAGUUGAGGAGAUUGAAGAUCUAACCAGACUGGAGUAUGUCUUGUCAGUGACUUACAUUGGGCAAAUUUUGGUUUCUGUGAAUCCUUUCAAAGACCUCAGUAUCUACUCUGAAGAUGUGGCUACCCAGUACCACCAAGGGACUCUCUCAAAAAAUGCCCCACACAUCUUUGCCAUAGCAGAAAUGGCCUACGUGCUAUCCCAGUCAUCAGAGCAAGAGCAGUGUGUUAUCAUCAGUGGACACAGUGGAUCAGGUAAAACAGAAGCUGCCAAAGCAAUUGUGCAAUACCUGACCAUGCUGUACCAGCGAUCAGACAGCCACAGGGUCAGACAGCCCUGCAAUGUCCUACCCAUCCUGGAGAGUUUUGGGAAUGCCAGAACCAUUCUCAAUGACAACUCGAGCCGUUUUGGAAAGCUUCUGAAUGUCCAUCUGCGAUGUGGCAUCGUGGUGGGAACAUCCAUCUCCCAGUACCUCCUGGAGAAGUCUCGUGUGGUAUUUCAGGCCCAUGGUGAGAGGAACUACCAUGUGUUUUACGAGCUACUGGCUGGGCUGCCGGUGGAGCAGAAAGAGAAGUUGUACUUGCAAGAGGCAGAGUCUUACUUUUACCUGAAUCAGGGCAGAGCCUGUGACAUCCUGGGGAAGGAGGACAGUCAGGACUUUCUGGUCUUGGUGCAAGCUCUGGAGAGAAUCAGCCUCUCGGAAGAUCAGCUGACCUCCACCUGGGCUGUCCUGGCUGCCAUUCUGCAACUAGGGAAUAUCUGCUUUACCUCCUAUGAGGAAGAAUCCUAUGAACAUGCAGCCAUUGCCAAUGACACUGAGAUUCAGAUUGUGGCCAAUUUGUUGCAUGUGUCAGCAGAUUUUCUGCAAAGUGCUGUCACUCACCGUGUCACUGAUCUAGGUGUGAACAGUUUAGAGCAACUCUGCAUCAACUUUGCCAAUGAGCAUCUCCAGCAUUUUUUCAGCCAGACUGUCAUUGCCCAAGAAGAGGAGGAAUAUAGCCAAGAGCAGUUAGCUUGGAUUCCUAUUUCCAAGAUGUACAGCGAGUCAUGCCUAGAUUUCAUUGCUGCAAAACCCCAUGGCAUCUUGUGUAUCCUGGAUGACCAGACUUCACUGACUCAGGCCACUGACCACACCUUCCUCCAGAAGUGUCAUUACCACCAUGGAAACAGCCCUUGGUACACCAAGCCCAAGUUGCCUUUGCCAGUCUUCACUGUGAAGCACUAUGCAGGCCCUGUCACCUAUCAGGUCCACAAGUUUCUUAGUAAAAACCGUGACCAGCUGUGUCCACAGGUGCUGGAUAUCUUCUCUCAGAGCCGCCUCAAGGUGGUGUCUCACAUUUUCCAGAAGGCUAAAGCUGCCUAUAGUCAGCAAAGGGAGCUGGGGGCCAGAGGCAAAGGGCUCAAGCCUCAGGCCUCCACACUGGUGUCCAAAUUCCAGCAGUCUUUGCAGGACCUCACAGCCAAGCUGAGAAGGAGCCAUGCCUUCUUCAUUCGGUGCAUCACCCCUAAUCCCAAAAAGCUGUCAAAUAUCUUUGAUGUGGAGUAUGUCACUUGUCAGCUGCGACAUUCUGGGAUACUGGAGGCUAUCCACAUUAGAAAGGAGGGAUACCCAGUCCGUCUUCCAUUCCAGAACUUCCUAGGCAGGUAUGGUCUCCUGGCUGGGCAAAGGCACAACUGCUUAGAGGAGAGAGAAGUCUGUGUGGCAGUGCUGUCUCAUGUGGUGGGGAGCCCCUCAGAUCUCUAUCAGAUUGGAGUAACAAAGGUCUUUCUGAAGGAGAAGGCUAGGCAGCUUCUGGAGAGACGACGGAACCAGAGGCAGAGCUGGGCCGUUGUUACUCUGCAAAGGAACUUCCGAUGCCUCCUUCGCCGCAGACGCCUCCAUGUCCUCCAGGAGAAAGUCAUAAUCAUUCAGGCUCACUUCCGAGGUUACCAGGAUGUGGGACUGCUGGAGAUCCCUGCAGACCUUGCUGCCCUCCUGCAGUUAGCUGAAGGUCAGUACCGAGAACAGGCCAACCAGAUAACUGAGGCAUUGCCUCCAGAAGUCAAGGUCAAAGACGACCUUUCCCUCCCACCCAACAUCAACAGCUAUCCUUUCUCCUCCUUCAUUAAGUCACAAUUCCAGAAAACAUAUUUCCCUGCCCCUGGUCAGCCUCUGCAGCACCCCUUAACCCAUCUGGAUGCUGAAUACCAGGAGAGUGCACUUGAGAUCAACAAACUGAUUUUGCGGUUCAUUGGUGACAAGAAUCUCCAUGGCUGGCAGGAGGUACUUCUGGGCAACUACAUUGCUGGGAGAGGUUUGAAUAAUGUGGCUCUGCGCAACGAAAUCUUCAGUCAGGUGGUUGCCCAGACAUGGAAAAACCCAGACAUGGAGCACAGCCAGCGAGCUUGGGUCCUGAUGGCAACUUUGCUGAGCUGCUUUGCCCCUUCACCAGCACUGGAGAAGCCGUUGCUGAAAUUUGUGUCAGAUCAUGGCAUGGAGGGCUACAAUGCUGUUUGCCAGCGCAAGAUCUUGACAGCAGCACAGCACACUGAGAUAGACUCUACGUUCUCUCGGGCCUACCCUCCCACUCAGCUGGAGUGGACUGCAAACCAGAGGAGAGGAAAGAUGGUGCUGGAUGUUCAUACUUUUAAUGAGGAGAAGUUCUCAGCUGAGGUGGAGUCUUGGAUGACUGGGGAGCAGUAUGCAGGCUGGCUCCUGAGUGCAAGGGGCUGUGAUAAGAAGUCUCGAGGGUGGUCUAUCUCCAUGUUUACUGGCAACACAUGGCAGGACCUGCUGGGCUGUGACUUUGUGCUGGACCUCAUUGGAGAGAUGGAGGAGGCCAGCAACCUCAGCAGUUCCUCUCAGUCCUCAGCUGAGUACCCCAUCACUCCUGAAAGGGACAGAAGCUUCUUCCAGAGCUCUGACCUGGAUUUGAUCCCUCCUGCUCCAGGCAUCCGGGCCCCUACCUUUCCACCACCUAAUUUGCCUCCAGAAUUCAACAAUCUCCAUCCAGAUCCAAGCUUCAGAGAUGACCUGAGGACCCCUGUAGGCUUGGAUAACUAUGUGGAUGAUCUCUUCAGCACUGUGCUGCAUCAAGGCUCCAGACUAUCAGAUAUGGAGAACAGGGACAUUCUGACUGGACGCAUGAAAGGAGGUGGGAAGAUUGGACCCACACAGAGAGGAAUCUUUCCUUCUACGGGCUUCUCUGGAAUGACUCAAGCAUCAGCUUACCAGCCCAUGCCUUCGAUGAUUGGGAUGCCAGCAGCCAUGCCUAUGAUGCCAGUGUCUGGUGGGAUUGCACCUAUGCCAACCAUGGCUAUGCCCCAGCCUGUGGUUCCAGCUGUAGAUCCCAAUCAGUUAGCAGCACAACAGCAAGCUUUUAUCAACCAGCAAGCCAUGCUCAUGGCCCAGCAGGUGACCCUUCAAGCCAUGAGCAUUUCCCAGCAGCAGCAACAGCAGCAGCAACAGCAGCAGUGGCAACAGCUUCUUGAGAACUCAAGGCCAACAGUCUCAAGUCAACCACAAGCUCCAGCUCCAGCCUCAGGUCCAGUCCCAGCCACUUCCCCAAAACCCAAGAAGCCUCCCAGCAGCCAGAAUGCUGCACCACCACCAAAGGCUCCAGAACCGCCAGCUAAGGCAGAUGAACCGGCUCAUGACUACAUGGAAGACCAGUUCUCCAACAGUGAUGAUGAUGACUAUCCUCCAGAAACCUUCCAGCAGAAAAGAGAAUAUUUUCAGAAGAUAGCUCCUGCUUCACCUUUGCCACCUCCUGAGCCAAAGCCAAAAAAGCAGACACCAAAAGCGAAGAAGGAGCCACCUGUAGUGAAGCCUUCAGGACCCGAGUCACGGCCUGCACCUAGCCGGGAGAUCCGCAACAUCAUCAAAAUGUACCAGAGCAGGCCAGCCCCUGAGCCCCAGCCUAUCGAGCCUGUCAGAAGAGUGUCCAAGCCAUUUAUUAAGAAGAACGACCCCAAAAAUGAGGCUCUGGCCAAGCUUGGAAUGAUGAACCUCCCAUCUUCCAAAUCACCAUCCCCCCUGCCACAAGAGAAGAGACCACCUCCACCUCCCAAGCCCAAGCCAGGCUCAGCUUCCAGUUCUAUCAAGGAGAAGCAGUUGCCUCUCCUGUCAACCUUCAGCCAGGAGAGUACCCCACCAGGUUCCCAGACCCCUCCUGCUCCCCCUCCUCCCCCACCACUGUCUUCGUCUCUCCUGCCUGGGACCCAAGACUGGCAGGAAUCCACAGGGAAGAACUCUGCUGUAACAGUAGCAGAAGAUGAUGGUAUCAAGACCCAGCUGUACAAGCUCACUACCAGUGUCAGCUUUUCCUAUGUCAACCCUGCCUGGAAAAUCUUUCUGCGCAAAGAGGUGUUUUACCCCAAAGAAAAUUUCAGUCACCCUUAUUGUCUGAACUUGCUGUGUGAACAGAUCAUGCGUGACACUUUCUCUGAAUCCUGCUUUCGGAUCUCCAAGGAGGAGAAGCGCAAGAUGAAAGACCUGCUGAUGGAGUUCCGGGUUGGCAAUGACAUCCAGUCCAUUCAGGAAGAUGGGAUAAAGAAGAGGAUUGUACUGGCUGCUCGGGAUAACUGGGCUAACUAUUUCUCCCGCCUUUUCCCGGUUCAUGGCGAAAAUGGAAGUGAUGUCCAGAUCCUGGGUGUUUCUCACCGGGGCAUGAGGCUGCUGAAGGUGGUGAAAGCAGCUGGCUAUAAUCCUGAGCACUUGAAGAUUCUUUGCAGCUACAGCUUUGCAGAUGUGCUGUCAGUGGAACUGAAGGGCAGCAGUGCCGUGGAGUUCUCUCUGAAGACAGAGCAGCUCUUCCUGCACUCUCCGAAGGCUCCGUGCAUCAAGGCUAUGGUGGAACUCUUCAUCGAGGAGCUGAGGCAGGAUACCAACUACGUUGUUGCUCUGCGCAGCUACAUUGCAGAUGACAAGAGCCUUCUUAGCUUCAAGAAGGGUGACCUCAUUGAGUUACUGCCCAUGCAAGGCGUGGAGCCAGGCUGGCAGUUUGGCUCCACUGGUGGCCGCUGCGGUAUUUUCCCCACCAGUCUGGUGCAAUUGGCUGCAGCCCCUGAUUACCUCAGUACCAGCAUGGACAGAUGUGGAGGGCUGCGGAAGAGCAUGAAAGCUUCCCCAGAGAGCAGGAACACCAGCAGGGAGAGUUCUGUUCCCAGCCUGGCAUCAGAACGCAACAGCAUCAUGUUAGUCCCUGCUGGUGAUCAUUAUACCAUGAUGGACUUCGCCACAGCCUACUUCCGAGAGGCUCAGUCCAUGCAGGGACUGAAGGGGAUGUCUGCUGAAAAGAAGAGUGCAGCUGACCUGGUCCGGCACACCAAGGUCCCAAUCAAGCAGUCUUUGCUCCGGUACUCUGAUAGUGAGCUGAAUGAGCUUGCUACAAAGAACUUCAAGACUCUGAUGCGGUUCAUGGGAGAUCAAUCAAAACUUAAGGACCAGAAUGAGGUUGAAUGCAUCUAUGAAAUCCUUCAGCUGUGCAAGGAGAAGGAGAGUUUGCAUGAUGAGGUCUACUGCCAGGUCAUCAAACAGGUCACCCACAACCCUAACCAGGAGAGCGUGCUGCGUGGUUGGUUGCUCCUAAACCUGCUAACUGGGUAUUUCCUCCCUUCUAACAUCCUGAUGCCCUAUGCCACCAAGUUUCUGCAGCUAGCCAGCAGUGACCCAUCUAGCACCCACCAUGAUAUAGCCAAGAUCUGUCAGAGCAACCUGCGGAAAAAUUUCAUGUACGGGGGCCGCCGCCACCUUCCUUUCCCUGUGGAGAUAGAGGCAUUGCUGGUGGCCAAGGAGCUCUUGCAGGAGAUCUGUGAGCAGAUGGGGGCAGGCGAACAGGAAGAGAUACAGGAAUUUGUUCUUUUUGCCAUCAAGAGUGACAGCAAUAAUCUCGAUAAAAUGGUGAGGCCGUUAAGAUCGGAGGAGUAUCUUCAUGAUUACCUGCUGGAGGACAAGUUGGUCACUGUGACUUUACGCAGGCUCAUCUGGAGGACACCUCUGCACUUUGAGAACAAAAUUUAUACUGAUGUCCAUUAUGGACAGAUCCUGUGGGAUUACCUGAAUGGGAGGAUACUGUUGAGCCAUAGUAAAGAAAUGGAGAUGCAGGUGGGCAUUUUGGCAGUGCUCCAGCACUGGGCCAAAGCAGAGCAGCAGAACUCUGCUCUCUCCAGCUGGGCAGGGGGUGAAUUAGUAUCUGCUUGUUGGCACAGGGAAGAGCUGAAGGAGUACACACCACAGACCCUGCAGUCCUCCAUCAGACCCCAGGCUCUGCAGAACCAUGUUGGCAUGCUGCUGAGAACCAGGCAGCCCCUCCAGCCAGUGGAUGCAAAAAUCCAGUUCAUAGAGCAUGUGAUGAAACUGCCUUUCUUUGGCUACAACACCUACUUUGUAGAGAGAGUCAGUGAUGACACAAUCCCUGUGCCCUGUUUCUUUGGUGUGAAUAAAGAGGAGAUCAUUGUGGCAGAUGGCACCACCCAGGAGGUCUCCUGCGUCAUUCCAUUGAAAGAGCUGCAGAAGAUGCGAACCCUGCAGCCUGUCUCUGAUGGUGGGCUUCCCGGCAUAGAAAUGAACUAUGGCUCAGCUGCCAACCCCAAGACUAUGUGGAUUGAACUGUCACAGGCUAAAGAAAUGUAUCACACGAUUGUUGUCAUCCUGGAUAAAACAGAGUUGCACCACUAG